GUGGACUUAUGCAAUUCUGUAGUAAUUUACCCCUGUAAUAGUGCGGUUUUCGCAUGUUUCUUCCCGUAUUUAUCACUAGGCUUUUACGAGACUCCAAAUCCCUCCUACAUAUCCGUGUCAAACACCACCAGUAUGACCGACCAGGAGCCUAUUGAUCGGAUCGUUCGUUUUCUCAAUGGUAUCAAUUUACCUGAGGGUGAUAGAGACGCAUCGUGCGGACCCGAAGAUGACUCUGAUGUGUCAAAUGAUGGCGAACUGAAGGAUGAUAGUGAUACAGAGCAAGAAGUUGACCAAUCCCCACCAAUUUCUGCCCUAAUUUCAAUGGGCCUUCCUGUCAGGGUGCAGGGUCAGGUACAGAUAUAUACUAGGAGUUGACGAACAGGAUAAGCUACAGGUCAGGCUAUCUACAGGUUCAUAGACAAGACGCAGCUCGAAGAGCUGCAGCAGGAUCGGCGCCAGACACAGAUAGAUAUCUCGUGUGGGUCACAUGUGGGUCACGUGUACCUAGCGGACUGGCAUCGUGACACCAAGUUGAUUUUCAGUUGCUAAUCCAGAGGUGGGAGAUUGUCGCCAAAAGAGCCCAGUUUCAUCCAUAUUAUAGAUAUCCUCCUCCAAGAACUCCCCACAGAGUGUUUGAAUAGACUUCAUCUCUUCAGCAGCUGAUUCAGGCACAGAUAGAGCUUCUCCAUGCCUAUUAUGCUUCUGAAUCUUGUAGCGCUUCUUGAAGCCAGCAAGCCA